UGAUGUCACUCCAUAAUCCCUGUCCCCCAUAAGAUCAAGAUGCAGGAUAGUAAAGAUGGAGCUUGGACCUACUUUGCUGUGGACACUCCUGGGGAUAAGCAACUUGGUGCUCUCCAGACUACAGCUCCUAUAAUUCUGUCCUACUGGAUUUACUAACUAAGGCCAAUAGCAAUUUCAUCCAAAGGAUCUAGAAAUCACCAGACUGUUAAAUGCAAAAAAAUCAAAAUUCCAUGCACCCCAGAAGAUGGGUUAAAUAAAGGGUUCCUCUGUUAAGACAGCAGCAGGUUGGACUUUAGAAUACACAUCUUUGAAAUCUUUUACAUAUCCAAUGCCUGAGACGAGGUUUUUUCAUGCUGGUGUGAAUGUAUACAAAUUUAAGAUCAAAUAUGGCAAUACAAUUAGCAUUAAUACUGACCUUGAUGAAAACAUUAUCAGUAAGGAGAUACAGGAUGCCAUUCGAGUAGUACUUGGAAACCUUGAUAGUUUAUGCCCUUUUACAACUGAACACUUCAUCAUAUUUCCAUAUUUAAAUAAGUGGGAAAGAGUGUCAGAUUUGAGGUUUAUGCAUGGUGAUGAAUUUCUUACUCCCUAUCCAUUUGUGUGCACUAUUUAUGUCGAAUUAAAUUCAUGCAAGCAAAAUAAAUGUGAAGGUGAAGGAGACUAUAGGGAUUUCUAUAACUCCACGAAAAAAAGAAAUAAAUUUAGAGAGAACAUAGACAUAGAAAGAGCUACCAAACAGAGAAGACUGGAAGAGAUAUUAGAAACUUCACAUUCACAGCACUACAUGAACAGAAAUUUAGCUGAAAAUGCAAUUUUUAUGAAUACAAGCCAGCCGAAUGCUGAAUUUGGCAGGACAGCACUUCAAAAAGAUAUGAUGUUUCCAGUGAAGAAUCAGUCAGAAGAAACCAAGUAUUCCUGCUGUAGUUCUCUCAUCUCUACCAAUGGUUGUAAUGUAAAGGCUUUAGGACAACAUACAGAAAUUAACAGGACAAAAAAUGCAGAGAACUAUAAACAAGAGAGACAUAUGCUAACUUCACAGAACAAAUCAGAGCAAAGAAUGGAGAUGAAAAAGAAAGGAUUCUUGGAAAACUUGAAAAGCGCUCUCUUUUCACUGUUUCUUUAAUAAAAUUGAAGGCAACAAUCAAGCCUUUUGAGUCCCUUGUAUAACUGCAAAGAUAAGAGAUGCCUCUUCAGGAAUAUAGAAAUUCAAAAGAAAGGAGCUUCCUGUUUGACUUAAUAGAAUUAUUUUAAAAACAUUAAGAUGCUUUAGGAUCUCAUAUAUGCAUAUUAUUUAUCUUAUUAUUUUAAAUUGAAAUGUUUAACAUAAAAUCAAUAACUGAAUCAUUUAAAGUUUUUAUUCAAAUUAUAUUGUUAGUAUUAAAAUUAUUUUAAAAAAUAAACAUUCAAA